CGGAGCUGCGGGCGGCGGGCGGACUGUUAAACCGCGGCGGCAGCGGCUGGGGCGGGAACGGGACGCGCUCUGGAGACGAGUCAGCGGCGCCCCGGGUGGGGGGAGGCGGGCAGGCAGCUAGAGAUCACCUCGGCAGCCCCCACCACGGCCGGACCGAAGGUGCGGCGGCGGAGGGGAGCCAGGGCGCCCCAGCAGGUUUCCAGUAAUUAUCUGCAGGAUUCGCCAUGACCCCCGCCUUGAGGGAGGCAGCAACAAAGGGUAUCUGCUUUUCAUCUUUACCAAGUACCAUGGAGUCUGACAAGAUGCUAUGCAUGGAAAGUCCAAGAACUGUAGAUGAAAAGCUAAAAGGAGACACUUUCUCUCAGAUGCUGGGAUUUCCAACUCCUGAACCUACUCUUAACACUAAUUUUGUGAAUUUAAAACAUUUUGGCUCCCCUCAGUCUUCAAAACAUUAUCAGACAGUUCUUUUAAUGAGUUCUAAUGCUACAUUAAAUAAAUACAAUGAGCAUUAUAAACAAAAGAAAUUAGGGGAACCCAACUGCAAUAAGCUGAAAAACUUACUGUGUAAUGGCAGCAAUGUUCAGCUCAGUAAAAUCUGUCAUUCUCAUUCUGAAGAGUUCAUCAAAAAGGAACCUCUGUCAGAUACCACAAGUCAGUGCAUGACAGAUGUACAAAUUAUUUUGGAUUCAAAUAUAACCAAAGACACUGAUGUAGAUAAAGUACAACUGCAAAACUAUAAGUGGUACCAAAAGAAUGCACUUUUAGAUAAAGUUAAUGAUGCUGAGAUUAAAAAGGCUUUAUUGCACUGUGCUCAAAACAAAAUUGGGCCUGGCCAGUCAAAUGUGCCUAUUAGUUCCUCAGCUGCUGAAAAAGAGGAGGAAGUGAAUGCUCGUUUACUUCAUUGUGUAAGCAAACAGAAAAUUUUACUUAGCCAGGCUAAAAGAACUCAGAAACAUUUGCAGAUGCUCCUGGCAAAGCAUGUUGUUAAGCACUAUGGUCAGCAAAUGAAAUUUUCUAUGAAACAUCAACUCCCCAGAAUGAAGAGUUUUCACGAACAUACCACAGUUUCGGAUAACAGUUUACCUAAAUGCACUGAAAUUAAACCAGACAUCAAUAUAUUGACUACAGAGAAUAAAUUGUGGACUGAUACCAAAAAUGGCUUUGCACGGUGUACAGCUGCAGAAAUCCAAAGAUUUGCACUGUCUGCUUCAGGGCUGUUGUCUCAUGUUGAAGAGGGCCUGGAUUCUGAUGCAACUGAUAGCAGUUCUGAUGACGAUUUGGAUGAAUAUACCAUUAGAAAAAAUGUGGCAGUUAACUGUAGUACUGAAUGGAAGUGGCUUGUAGACAGAGCAAGAGUUGGCAGCCGAUGGACAUGGCUUCAAGCCCAGAUUUCAGAACUAGAGUAUAAAAUCCAACAACUAACAGAUGUUCACAGGCAGAUUCGUGCCUCCAAGGGGAUAGUGAUCCUAGAAGAAUGCCAACUUCCUAAAGACAUUUUAAGAAAACAAAUACAGUGUACAGACCAAGCAGCUUCAUUAAACACUACAAGAAAUCCCCAGAUUCUUCAAGAGAGUCAAGAUCCUUUGCCAGAACAAGAUUUUGAAAUGUCACCAAGUAGCCCUACACUACUUCUUCGCAAUAUAGAAAAACAGAGUGCGCAGUUGACUGAGAUCAUCAACAGUUUGAUUGCCCCUCUCAACUUGUCUCCAACAUCAUCACCUCUUUCCUCUAAGUCUUGUAGCCAUAAAUGUCUGGCUAAUGGCAUUUCCAGGAGUGCUUCAGAGAAUUUAGAUGAGCUCUCUUCCUCCAGUAGCUGGUUACUUAAUCAGAAGCACAGUAAGAAAAGGAGAAAAGACAGAACAAGAUUGAAAUCUCCAUCCUUGACUGUCAUGAGCACAGCAGCUCGAACAAGGCCGCUUCAGAGUUUCCACAAACGAAAACUCUACAGAUUGAGCCCUACUUUUUAUUGGACUCCACAGACUUUGCCUUCAAAAGAAACAAGAUUCUUAAAUACUACACAAAUGUCUUGCCUGCAGUCAGCUUCAAUUUGGAGUAACUGUGAACACAAUUCAAAGUCUCAAAUAUUAAGAGAACAUGUAUCAGAAUUAGAUUCUUCUUUCCAUUCUGUUCUAUCAUUGCCAUCAGAUGUACCUCUUCAUUUUCACUUUGAAACAUUGUUAAAAAAGACUGAAAUAAAAGGAGAUCUUGCUGAGAAUAAAUUUGUAGGAGACUCUAUCAUAACUCCAUCACCUGUACAUAAUCCUUCUCUGAAUCAAUGGAGAAAUGGAUAUUCUCCGAUAUGCAAGCCUCAAAUAAGGUCAGAAUCUUCUGCACAGCUGUUACAGGGAAGAAAGAAAAGACACUUGAGUGAAACAGCAUUAGGAGAAAGAACUAGAUUUGAAGAAUUUGCUUUGCAACGCACAGAACAAGGAUCCCAUAGCAAUUUUACUGCAGUUAAUAAUGUCAAUGUUCUGUCAAGAACCCAGAAUUCAUCAUCACAAAAUACUGCACGACGGAGAUUGCGGAGUGAGAGCUCUUAUGAUAUAGAUAAUAUCGUGAUUCCCAUGUCACUAGUGGCCCCAGCUAAGUUAGAGAAACUCCAGUAUAAGGAAAUACUGACUCCAAGCUGGAGGAUGGUUCUUCUUCAGCCUUUGGAUGAAUAUAAUUUAGGUGAAGAAGAGAUAGAAGAUCUCUCGGAUGAAGUCUUCUCCCUAAGACACAAAAAAUAUGAAGAGAGAGAGCAAGCCAGAUGGUCACUAUGGGAGCAAAGCAAGUGGCACAGAAGAAACAGCAGAGCUUACAGUAAAAAUGCUGAAGGACAGGACUUGCUUGUGAAGGAAUACCCUCAUGACCUUGGCGGAGGGCAGCUCUGUGCUGAGAGUCCCGCCGAGCCUUCCUCGGAGAGCCAGGACCUGAGUGCACAUGGCUCACCUUCACUAAGUGAAAGUCAAGAGAUCAAGUCUCUGUGGUGGGAACGACGAGCUUUUCCACUGAAGGAUGAAGACACAGAAGCCUUAUUAUGCCAAGAUGAAAAAAAUGAUCAGAUUAAAAGAUCAAGCCCAGCUUUCCAUGGUGAAGUCUUCUGUACCAGUGCACCAGAGAAUGGCCACCAUCCAAAAAGGCAGGCAGAUGGCAUAGAAGAGUACAAUAUCCUUGGUCUAGGACUUACUCAUGUUAAAAAAAAUAGGUGACAGGGAACAGGUUUAGAAAACUAUGCAACUGAAUAGGAAAAUAGGAGGAAAAAAAUAAGCCCUGUUCUCCACCCACCCCCCACAAUUCCAGAGUCAGAGCAUGUAGUGCAUGUAUUAAUCUUUCAUGCUGUUUAUGAAACAGACAAGUUACACCUUAUGUUCCUUCUUGAACCACAGGAGUAACUAGCUUUUCACCUACAGACAAGUGCUAGUCAUUUGUAUUUUAUGAUGCAAAUCACAAGCACCAAAAAAUUAACUGCUGCAAUUUGAUGUCAAAUCACAUUACUGGCUAAAUAACUCUUAUACUUUAUACCCACACAUAAUACACACAUACCUGUGCACUAAAUGAUAGCUCUUCCAUUCCACUUGAAAAAUGCAUGUAUGUACUACCCCAUGAAAUAUAAGCUGCACUAUAAGGAAAGCAGCACAGGUUUCCAAAGGUAAUGGACAUCUAAAAGUCUUGACUAUGGAGAAGGAAUUUUUUUAAAAAAAUGUUUAACCAAGAGAAGUUAUUUAUGGAAAUUUCUAUACCAGAUAACACAAUUCUCUUUUAUUUGAAAUCACUGGUAUCUGUUGGGUUAAACACAGGUUAUUUUCUAUUCACUUCUAACAGAAUAAGAAAAGCAAUGGGUUAAGUAUUGGUGUAUUUUAAAACUCUCACUAUUUUAAAACUCAACUUGAGUUGUACCUAUUUUAUGUAUCUCAUGAAGAGAAAAUGCCCUACUUAAGCAACAAACAGGAAAUUCCUGUUGGUAUAUUAUUGUACUUCUGGUUAAUUUGGUCAUUCCUUACAAUUGCUUAUUCUUUUCAAAUAAGGAUCUGUUCUUACUUGCAUCCUAAAUUGAGAUUUAAAAUUCUCAAAAGGUUAACGCUUCAAUAUUGAACACUGGAGUGUACAUUAAGAAAAAUUCCUUUGACGCUAUUACAUGAUUUUUUUCUAUGUAAAAAUUUGGACAAUUUAUAUGACUCGCUUUUUCUCAUGUAAAAAAAGGUUAUUCAAGUUGUAGUACCCACAUAACUGACAAUCCUAGCCAUCUGGUCUAAUCUGGGGGAUCUGACACUAAGUUUUUGUUAAGGAUUGGAAAUUACACUAGUCUCUUUAAAGAAGAAGGAAAAAAAUUUCCAAUUCAAUGCUGACAAAUUUUUGCUUGUAGUUUUACUGUACAUUUGUGUUUAAAAAAAGAAAACAAAAGCCAGAACAAACCCAAGUUGUCCAGGCAAAUAAAUUCAUAUCUUUUGUCAUGUCUGAUAUUAUAAUCUUCUAUGUAAGUUUUUUAAUUAAAGUUAUUUCUAUA